UAUCUGAAGAUAUAAUCAAGGAAGUCAUUCUUUUUGGGGGCAUUGUUCUCUUGUUUCAGAACCUAACAGACCGGGAGAGGAUGACCACGGAGAUCACUACACCGAGUGCCCAGGGAACCAUUGGGCACGAAGAGUACAGUCUGUAUAGCAGUAUGAGUGAGGACGAGCUUAUCCAAAUGGCCAUCGAGCAGAGCCUGACGGACAACUCCCCGGGGCAGCCGACUGACCCAAGCUGUCAGAAAGCUCGGACGGCAGCGAGAGAAACAGCUGCGGCCAAUCGCUCCAACAGGCCACCUGCCCAUUUUUACCCAUGGACCAGGUCUGCAGCUCCUUCGGGGACCCAGCCUCCGCCUCCCAAUGUGGGCUUGUUUCAAGGGGUCAGGCAAAGAUACAACGGCAGUCUGUUCAAGACCCCCCAGCCUGUAGUCAUAGAUCCUGUGGUGAAGGCCAUUAAGGAGGGUGAUGAGAAUGCCUUAACUUCCAUGAUCCAGUCAGGCAAAAACCUCUCCGAGCCCAACAAGGAUGGAUGGCUCCCUCUGCAUGAAGCUGCUUAUUAUGGCCAGUUGGGUUGUCUGAAAAUAUUGCAGAAAGCAUAUCCUGGUGUUAUUGAUCAACGCACCCUUCAGGAGGAAACAGCCCUUUACAUAGCAACCUGUAGAGGAAACCUCGAUUGCUUACUUACACUUUUACAAUGUGGAGCUGAACCCGAUAUUUCUAACAAGUCGCGAGAGACCCCACUCUAUAAAGCUUGUGAGCGGAAGAAUGUGGAAGCUGUCAGGAUGCUGGUGCAGUACAAUGCUGAUACCAACCAUCGAUGCAACCGUGGCUGGACUGCUCUCCAUGAAUCUGUGGCCCGGAAUGACUUGGAAGUCAUGGAAAUUCUGGUGAGCGGAGGUGCCAAGGUGGAAUCCAAGAAUGCAUACGGCAUUACCCCUUUAUUUGUGGCUGCCCAGAGUGGACAGCUGGAGGCACUGAGAUUUCUGGCUAAGCAUGGUGCGGACAUUAAUACUCAGGCCAGUGACAAUGCCUCAGCCCUCUAUGAAGCUUGUAAAAAUGACCACGAAGACGUGGUGGAGUUCCUCUUGUCUCAGGGAGCGGAUGCGAACAAAACCAAUAAGGACGGGUUGUUACCUCUUCACAUUGCCUCCAGACGAGGCAAUUACAAAAUUGUUCAGAUGCUGCUGCCUGUGACCAGCCGCACACGUAUUAAGCGCAGUGGUAUAAGCCCCCUUCACCUGGCUGCUGAGAGGAAUAAUGAUGAAGUGCUGGAGGAGCUCUUGGAUGCUGGCUUCGAUGUCAAUGCCAUCCUGUCCCCUGAGAGGUCCCGGUUGUAUGAGGACAGGCGGAGCACUCCCCUGUAUUUUGCUGUUAUCAAUAACAACAUCUAUGCUACUGAAAUGCUUUUACAGGCUGGGGCGAGCCCAAACCUGGACAUCAUCAACCCUUUGCUCAUCUCCAUCCGCCAUGGCUGCUUCAAGACUAUGGAGCUCUUGCUGGACCACGGGGCCAACAUUGAUGCCUACAUCUCCAGCCAUCCCACCACCUUCCCGGCCACUAUCAUGUUCUCCAUGAAGUGUCUUUCACUUCUGAAAUUCCUCAUGGACCUAGGGUGUAAUGGUGAUUCCUGCUUCACCUGUCAGUAUGGGAAUGGCCCCCACCCAACCACACAGGCCAUAUCAGGCAGGUUCAAUGAGAUGCCCUUGGACAAAUCACCCACUGUUGUCCAGUUCUGUGAAAUCAUCUCUGCCCCCGAGGUCAGCCGCUGGGCGGGGCCCAUCAUUGAUGUUCUCCUGGAUUACGUUGGCAAUGUGCAGCUGUGUGCCAGGCUGAAGGAGCACAUCGACAGCUAUGAAGACUGGGCUGUCAUCAAAGAAAAAGCAGAGCCGCCAAGGCCCCUGGCUCACCUCUGCCGUCUGAGGGUUCGAAAGGCCAUUGGCAAAUACCGCAUCAAACUCAUAGACACUUUGCCUCUCCCUGGCCGCUUGAUCAGAUAUCUGCAGUAUGAUAAUUCUCAGUAAUCUGGCACCCAUUGGAGGAAGGUGGAGCUUCCUUUUGAGGUUUUCCGCAACACAGUGAUUAAGUACCAGGAUGAUGAUGGCUUCCCAGUGAUGAUGGUCAAUUGACAGGACAGCCCUCAGGCUCACAAGACUUACAGCUACACCAUCACUGUGACCAGCACAUUGACUCUGGCGUUGGCAGGGCCACAGUCCAAGAGCAAAGAGGGAAAACAAAAGAGUUAGGUGGGCUGGGGGAGGGGGGAAGGGAGAGGGAACAAGAGAGACUUACACAAAUGCCGCCGUGACUGGAUUUCCAGACUAGAAGACAGGUUUAUUGACUUAUCACCAAUUCCAGAUCUUGCUGGAAGUAGAAACUGGUGCGAAAGAAAACCUAUCACUUCAUAGGUUUUCCAGGCCUUUGGGGUGCAGUCAAGAUGAAAGGAGUCUCAAGAAGUCCAGGAAAUAUAGAAAAAACAAAAGCAACAUUUGCCUGGUAUGCCGUGAUAUAGUUGCUAAAGAUUAGAAUAACCUGUUAGCCUUUCACAGUAUCUCAGCCUAUUUAUUUAGAUUAACUUGGCUCCAUUUCCCCUCCCCCCCAAUUCUUUGUUAAAUUUUUUACUUUACUUCAAGAAUCAUGAAAUCUCAGAGUGGGAAGGGACUUCAGAAGGCAUCUGGUCUGACCUCAUGUUUUGUGCAGUAAUUCUUUGUGCAAUGUCCCUGAUAAGUCCUCAGGUGAUAUAGAAGCAUAGACAUGGCCUCAAAAUGGUGAAAUCCCAGAUUCACCACUUAAGAGCAGUGAGAAUGUGGGCAAGUCAUUCCCUGUUCUGAGUCUCAGUAACUUCCUCUGUAAAAUCAGGGGUUGGCCGUCAUGCUCUGUGAGGUUCCUUCCAACUUUUGCAUCAUAUGCUUCUGUUUUAAAUUUCGCUCAUUUUUCUCCAAUCCAAACCUGAUGAUCGCUUCUACUUUCAUUUUGAGCACCACCUAGUGGUUCCUUGUUGUGGUGCAGUCAUGACCCUUUCAAAGAUCCUAGAACAUUUUAAAAAAUGACUCUUCCUUAUCAAGACUUAAUCCCUCCAUCUCGUAACCUGUGCCCUCUGUUUCUUCUUUUUCUGUCCUCGAUUUUUUUUCCUCCUCAGCUUUCUCCUCAACGUAUUGUGGUUGGAGACUGGGGACUGUGGUGGGAUUUUUGUCUAAAAGUUUCGAUAAAUAUGAUGGAUGCCUCCUACAUGAGACCUGACACCUAUCGGCAAUUUUUUUCUCCUGACACACUUAAUUUUUUAAUAUAAAUGUUUUAUUGAUGUUCUUCAUCUCUGUCCCUUCCCAAUGAUUCACUCCUCUUACUCUAAAAAACCCUCCUUUGUAUCAAAGAAGCAUUAGUUAUUAGGUGCUAUGAACCCAGCUUCUAGAUCCGAGUGGAUCCUGGCGAUGGGAGUCAAGGUUUACUGCAGGAGGCAAUGUGGCCACUGACUUAUUUCUGUUUGUAAGAGAACUAGGGACACACAGCAAACCCUUCAGGAAAGCAGCUCUGGCCAUACAAGUCACGCCCAUUUUCUAGUCCUCACACAGAAAUUUAUCUUUUUGACUUGUUUUCCAUACUCUACAGACCAGGGGAAUUAUGAUGAGUCAUUAUAGACAGGGUCUAUAGGGAUCACAUUAUAUACCAAGGUCACCUUUGGGAGCCUCUUAAACACAUUUAUUCAUAGAGAUACAUAAGUCUUCAUUCCCUCACGUCUGUUUUUCUACAGGAGUCAAGACACUGGAAAAAAAAAUAAAACAUACACUUAACACUUAGUGUAUGUCAUAAGCAAAGAUACUGUGAUGAUUACAGGGCUUUCCUAGAGCUCUAACAAUGAUAAUAAUGCUUUAAGGUUUACAAAAUGUUUUCUAUAUGUUAAUUCAUUUGAUCUUCACAACAAUUCU